AUGUGUCCGUUGCGGCGGACGGUCACUAUGUGGUCCCAGCCGCCUCCUCCCGAGCCCGAGGUCGAACCAUCCUUCCGCGUUCGUGCUUCCUCUGUCGACACUCACAGCUGGUGUAGGGGAUGUUUUGGCGCGCGUCAUAUCGCUAAAAUGGUGCGUAAUGAACCGCGAGAGUACGGAGUCUGCGUGGACCCUACCUCCGUUCGUCCCCCCGGCUUGUGUGUGCGCGAUGAGCCCCAGUAUCAAAAUUUGAAUGAGCUCCGCAAACGCCCCGAGUACGCUAAUUUGGACGAGAUCAGUCGCGAGUAUGGUUACCGCCUGUGCCCCGAAGGUCAGAACCUAGAGGACGAGGCCAUCUAUGAAAAUAUACUGUCAGUGCGUCAAAUUCGUUCCGCGGAAGUGCGUUUAGUGCCGGUGUCCGAGGUGCCAUACUACGAAGGUCAAGGUUACGUGGCGACUCAAGUUCUCAGCAGGAAUGGAACCUUCCCGCAGUGCCCGCCGCACACAUGGAGCCGGCUGCAACAUGCCAUCAGGAUGACGGGAUCCUUGAGGCUUUUCACCGCAAAGCGAGAGAUGUACGAUGUCAAGAAACAGAGGCUGUGUUUAGCUCAAGAUGAGUACAAGCAUCUCAAUAAUGCUCUGUCCACCCUCGCCGCGUCCAGAACGAGCUUAUGUUCAUCAACAACGUCGGUAACAACAACAUCGACGACUUCCCGUCAUGAUCCAGAACAACUAAGAGCUGAAGUGACUCAAGCAAGAGGUAGAGUGGCUCAGCUGAGGAAAGAGUUGAGGCAGGCGAGAGCAGAGGUCGCCAGCGCUAGGCGAGGAGUUGAUACUUUAGCUGAAGUGGAGCAAAAGUUGAACUCACAGCAGGGGUGCUACAAUAUAACCGAAGCUCAGGCGAUUAUGACCGAACUAAAAAAUGUCCAGAAAUCUCUUACCUCUGGAGAAAAAGAACGAGCUGAUCUUAUGCAAUCGUUAGCAAAGUUAAAGGACGACUUAACGAGGCUACAAUUAGCAGACGCUUCGCCAGAUCUCUCAACCCUGAGUUUACCUCAGGAAAAAUUGAGCACUGCCUCCCAAACUGACUUAUGUGCGGACUUAGUCCCAAUAGGCACAAGAUUAGCUGAAAUGGCGCGGGUUCGCCUAAAAUACGAUGAGGCUAGAAAGCGGAUACAGCAAAUUCAACAACAAUUAGCCGAUUUAGAGGACAAAGUCCAACCUGGUCAAGCUGAAUCAGACAAAGAUCGACUACUUUUAUUCCAAGAAAAAGAGCAACUCUUACGGGAAUUAAGGAGUAUAACUCCGAGAACAAGGUCGAAACAAGAAAUGAGUGACAUCCAAUCAGAAUGCAAGAAAUUAGAGCAGGACUUGAAAAAUGCGUUCGAGAUGUCAAACAAAUGUAUAGCGGAUAGACUGAGGCUACACGAAGAAAAGCAAUUGCUGUUACAGCAGUUAAAAGACGCGUUAACGUCAAUGACGACUUUGGAGGGGCAAUUGAAAACAUUGUCAGCAUCUACGUUGUCAGUAUCGAGUAGUUCGAGCUUAGGUUCCCUUUCUACAGCGAGUAGUAAAGGGUCGCUGAGUUCGGAGAUCAGUUUCACGGAUAUUUACGGAGGACCGCAAAUAGCCACUACCUUUCAAGCUGAUAAACCUAUCGAUAUGGUUGAUCUGCAUCGACGAGUUGAAAGAUUACUUCGGGGGGCAAGUUUUACGGACAGUGUCACACCGGGAACAAGUAGUUCACCAUCACAACCCUCUCUAUCACCAAGAAGCAGUUUAUCAUCAGCGAGCCCACCUCCACCUCCGCCGUCUUAUAAUCAGGUGGAAAGACAAAGGCGGCAACAAAGGGAACUUGAAGAGAAACUAGCUGAAAUGAGAAUAGGCAUCGCCACCGGAUCAAAUGAAAUCAUUGGACUAUCUACAAUUCCCGUGCAACUGCAAGGUCCCGGCCGGCCCUGUGAGCCCUUAUCACCAAUAUCAGAGACACCGCCUCCACCGCUCUCGCCGAGAACUCCGUCAUCUAGUGGUACAAACACUAGAUCAGUAUCGGCAGCAGUUAGCGACGAGUCGGUGGCUGGCGACUCCGGUGUAUUCGAAGCAGCUCAAGGAGGAGACGCUUCUAAUGCUGUGAACAGUGCACAAAUUGAAAUUAAAUUUCGCUACUGUUCCGAUGAGAGCGCUCUCGAAAUCGGCAUCUUGAGAGCUAGGAAUCUUCACGCUUUGUACAUCGAUAUGGGAACUGAGGUUGCAGUACGAGGUGCAUUAGUUGAAGGAGGGGGUCGUGGUAUUGCCUUCAGUACCACUGCCCUACCUUGGAGGGGAACUACCCUGCUAUGGCGAAAGACACAGAGGGCUUCUCUCGGACCUAGAGCUUUAAGGGCUGCGACCUUACAACUGAAUGUAGCCGCUGGAGCUGAAUGCCUGGGUUGUACGCAAAUCAGUUUAGCAGAUUUUGACCCCGACACCGUGUCACAGAAGUGGUAUAAUGUGUUGAGCUUUAGAAGUAUUAGGAGGGAUGAAAGUUCUGACGAAUCCACAGUUAUAAGCUCACAGACAUCUACUCUUACGAGGAAUAGAGGUCCAGAGAGUAUGACAAGUGCAGAAUGUAAUGUCGACUGUGAGAAUUCCGCUUCGGAGGACGAAGAGUCACGGGAACCUUUGAAUCAGAUCGUAGAGGAAGAUUCAUUCGAAGACUACAUUCCUGAAGAUAUAACGUUGGAAGACGAGUACUUACAUCCUACUACUGCGGAAAAGGAAACAAACACCGAAUGUAACUUCUGUCCGGAGGGAGCGAGACAACUACACAGACGUCAACAAGUUAGCUCAAAUCAAGAAGAGUCGUUAGCGACUAUAAAACGAUCUCAGACAUUUUCGCCACAACCGCAAAGCAUUAGCAGAGGCCAGUACAUUUGCAGAUUAAAUAGAUCAGAAUCAGAUUCAUCUAUGGCGCAGUACGCGCGAAGGGUUACUUUAAAACCUCCGACUGUCGGUAUACCCUUCGACAGGACCGUUAGGGAGAGGAGAUCUCUGAGGUGGGGCCGCGUGCGCGGCGCGGCGCGGUCGCGGCCGGCGCGCACGUCGCUGGACCUGUCGCUGGACCUGCGCGCGCAGCACUCGCGCCUCGCCGACCUGCGCCGCGAGAUCGCGCACCUGGCGCAGCUCAAGCGCAGAUUAGAGGAAGCAUGCGCACGCGGUGAUCCAGCCGUAGCCGCGUGGGUGGCUGAAGAUGAAACUCUUCGGCGUCUCAUCUCAACUUCUGCGGAGUCUAAAGACAGAGUUUCUAGAUUGUUCCAUCGAACUUGCCGAGAGAUAUAUCGAUUGAGAAAGUCCAGACAGGGGGGACGGAAGCCAGACCUGGUGACCUUCAAAGAAAAGAUGGCAUUCUUCACGCGAACCAAAUCAACAUUACCACUUCCCGACGAAGGUGAAUUAUCAGAAGACGAUUGGGAAGAACUAGAAGAGAGAAGCACUCCAGAUGGAAGAUCAUCGAAAACCUCAUACGAGUUGCGAAGGGAACCAAGUAGUCAAACCGACAACCAAACUCAAGUCGUCGAAUGCAAAAACCCGUGUAUUGAACCAUUCAACUUGACUAUUAAAGAAAAUGAGGAAAAUAAGGAGUCAAAGACUGAGGAUGUGAGGUAUGAUUUUGUUGUUGACCGAGUCCUAGGUGUUCAAGUUUGAAUGGACUAGUUGGACGAUAUCUAACAAACUUACUAUAUAUUUAAUUAUUUUUGUCCACUUGGCUACCAGAAGUCUAAAACUCUUCAAAAGUGUUUUGUCUUCAAAAUUGUCUUAUUUUGUUACGGAUGUUAAAUAUGUAUUAAACAGUACAUUUAUCUAUUACCCAAUGAAUUGUUUAUAUCUUUAUUUGGCUAGCAGAAAUAUAAAAAAUCUUGAAAAGAUUUUCAUAUUUAAUAUUGUUUUGUAAAUUCGUUUAGUACUAAAUUUAU